AUGGGCAAGGAUGACAAUACCUCCACUUCUUCCUCUGAUUAUCACCCUGCCUUAGGUGUGAAUAAUAUCAAGAACGUUUUUCCUUUUAUUCUUGAUCGAGAUAAAGUCCAAUAUUUAAAUUGGGUUGAACUAUUUGAAUGUCAUGCACACGCAUACAAUGUUUUUGAUCACAUUGACUCUAAAACACCUAAACCGACAGAUUUAUCGGAUGAAAUGUGGAAACGUCUUGACUCUAUGGACAUAUCGUCAUAUUGCCGUGAAUUGAAGAAUUUGAAGGAUCAACUAGCUAAUGUUGAUCAACCCGUGUCGGAGCAAAAACUUGUAAUUCGACUAGUUUCCGGGCUAGUGAAUACAGACUUCGAUAUAGUUGUUGUUAUGAUACAACAAACCUCGCCGCUGCAUUCAUUCGAGACAGCAAGAUCACGUUUAUUGCUUGAGGAGUCCAGACGUGCUAAUGACUCCUCCUUUCAAGCGUCCUCGUUUGUGGCCCAAACCAGCAACACCGCUAGUUCUACAGCCCCUCAACAGCAACCAGCGACGCCGACCGGCCAGGGUGGCAGUUCAAGUGGUUGGGGUCGUGGCCGAGGCCGAGGCAAGGGUCGUGGCCGUGGGACGCCACAACAACAACAACAACAAUAUCAACUGCAACAGGAUGCACCACAAUGGGGUGCACCUCCACAAUAG